AUGGCCGCUCAACAGUAUUAUGAACUGUAUCGCGGCAGUAGUAUUGGCGAUGCGCUCAUCGAUACGAUUGAUGACCUAAUCAACGAUGGCCGAAUUGAACCUCAACUGGCGAUGAAGAUCCUAAGCAAUUUUGACCGCGCCAUUGCGGAAACGCUUGCAGAGAAGGUCAAGUCAAGACUGACAUUCAAGGGUCACCUUGAAACCUACCGGUUCUGCGACGAUGUUUGGACCUUCCUUGUAAAAGAUGUGAGGUUUAAGAGUGAUGGCGGUCAGGAGUUCCAUGCAGACAAGGUCAAGAUCGUCAGCUGCAACUCCAAGAAGCCUGGUGAAGCAUAG